AGCCUUGGAAAAAAAUUCCAGGAGCACUUAACUUCAUAACCUAGAUGACAUUUCAUAUAAAAUACAUUCCAAAUUUCAACCAUAUAAACUCAUCUCAGACAUUAGUAAACCUAUACAUAGACCAAAUGUAAAGCUUCUACUUCAUACUAUUCUCAGAUGAAGAUCAACACCAUGGAGCUUCCCAGUGGGAAGAGCACCGCUCUCUACAGCUCCAAAAAGGCUAUCCUACCAAUGCUAACCCUAAUUCUUCUCACCACAAUCCCUCUCUAUCUAUAUAACAACUCACCCUUCAUUACACGGUCAGUAGAGAUUAGGAUCAAUAGCUCAGUCCCUCUCUUUCAGAAAAACAAUUUGUCCUUGGCUUUGCAUUCUCCCCAGAAUACAACCAAUGAUUCAACAAAUGUUGAGUUGGAUCAGAAGUGUGUCAUAUUUAAUGGAAACUGGGUUCCAUAUCCCAAGGAACCUUACUACACAAAUGAGACUAAAUGUGUGAUUGAUGAUCGACAAAACUGCAUGAAGUUUGGGAGACCGGACACAGAAUUUAUGAAAUGGAGGUGGAAACCAGAUGAAUGUGAGUUACCUCUCUUCAACGCAGUUCAGUUCUUGGAGCUUGUUAGAGGUAAGACUUUGGCCUUUGUUGGGGACUCAGUGGGAAGAAACCAAAUGCAAUCAUUGACAUGCCUCUUGGCUAGUGCAGCCUAUCCAGUAGAUGUUUCUGAAGUGCAAGAUACAAAAUUCAGACGUUGGCUCUACACUGACUACGACUUCACUAUGAAAGCACUUUGGUCCCCACUCUUGGUUAGAACCCGUGACGCUGACCCCAAUGGAUAUUCCCUCAAUAGCCGCAUGAACCUAUACUUGGAUGAGGCUGAUGAAGCCUGGGCAACUCAGAUUGAAAAUGUUGAUAUUGUGAUCAUAUCAGCAGGUCAAUGGUUCUUUAGACCAUUCAUAUAUUAUGAAAAAGGUAAGGUCGUUGGAUGUCAUGUCUGCCAUAGAAGGAACAUCACAGACCUGACUAGGUACUAUGGAUACAGAAUGGCCUUCCGUGCUGCCUUUAGGACCAUUUUGAACCAUCAAAACUUUAAGGGGCUGACCAUUUUGAGGACAUUCUCACCUGCACACUUUGAGAAUGGGUAUUGGAAUGAAGGGGGGAAUUGUGUGAGAACAAGGCCCCUUACAAAAGAAGAAAUGAAGUUGGAUGGGUAUAAUUUGGAGUUCUAUUUGACUCAAGUGGAGGAGCUCAGGGCAGCAGAAAUUGAAGGGAGAAAGAAGGGCUUGAAAUUUAGGAUACUAGAUACUACAGAAGCAAUGGCGAUGAGGCCAGAUGGUCACCCAAACCAUUAUGGGCACGGGCCAAAUGAGAAUAAGACCCUAGCUGACUGUGUCCACUGGUGCAUGCCAGGCCCCAUUGACACUUGGAAUGAAUUUUUGCUUCAGAUGUUGAAGAUAGAAGAAGACUAAGGAAGAACUGUCCGUGGGAAUCUUCAGAAAUAUGCUUAGCUAGGAACUCAGUGAGACAAUCUUGGAUAAGCAUAUUUUUAAUUAUAAAGAUAUAGUUAUAUAGCCAACAUUUAUAUUUAUUUCAACAGUCCGAGUGGUUUUUAAGAAUUUUUGCAGAGUCAAAACUGUGGAUGUAAUAUUCUUUAUUUAUCAAAUAAAAAUGUGGAUGUAAUAUUUUUUUUA